AUGGUUAUCAUGAUUUUAAAUAUAAAUGCAUGUGAUGUAAUGGGUUCACGUGCAUGUGGUCGAAAACCUGAAAAAGAAGAUCGAGAAACAGAUCCAAUUAAAUAUUGUGUUGCAUCACGAGUUUAUUUUGAAUGUGUUCAUAAAAAAUAUCGUGGUUGUGAAAAUAAAGAAAAAUAUGAAACAGCUAUGGAAUCAAUUAUGAAAGGCAUUCGAAAACGUGUCGAUGAUCUCUUAGCUUUUUGUAGUGAUAAAAUUGAAGAUUAUAAAUUUAAUAUCAUUUGGGAUACUCCUAAACAACCAGAAGCAGCUGAUUCAGUACGUAGUGGUGGUUCACAUACUUCGAGUGGAUCAUCAAAAACUGGUAUUCCUAGUUUACCACCUGUACAAUCAUUUGUACCUAAUGAUGUAUGUCAAGUAAAAGCAAUAAAUGAUUUAUGUCAACCAUUAAUGAUAACUGUUAAAUUUAAUCCAUCAUGGAAUACAAUUAAUAAACGUGG